AACCCUUUCAGUUGGCAAAAUAGUUUUAAAACUAUUUAUUUAUUAGCAGAUUGGGUCCACGCUAAUGCACGUUACAUUGUAAAUUGUGUUUAAGUGAUCAGGAAAAUUGUUAAGGUUAAGUUUCGGCAUGUAGACUUAGUUUCAGGGUUGAAGUUUGACAUGAUUUAGUUACUCCCAUCAAGCUAACUGACCCUGUGAGAUCUGGACAGUUUUAUGUUGUGUCAAUCAGUCAAAAAUAACAGUUUGUAACAACGCUUCAGGAGUCAUAUUGACUAAUGUUAGCUGGGCACGACGUGUGUGUGUAACGUUAUGACAAGUGUAGCUCCCAACGCGCCCUGGCUAGGCGAGCUAUGCUGAUACAUCAUCUGACUCGGGCUCUGUUCACAUCCGGACGACCGUUACCGUUACGGAUCCAGGUCCACAGGGGGUUGAGCGUCACCGGACAGAAGAGGACGGACUCCCCGGGAGACAUGAUCCGGAGGACUCCGAUCAAACGGGUUCUCUGUGUGGCGGAGAAGAAUGACGCGGCCAAAGGCAUCGCGGAGAUCAUGUCUGACGGCAGAGCGAGGAGGAGGGAGGGGCUGUCCGUCUAUAAUAAACUCUAUGAGUAUGAAUACAACCUGUUUGGAAGGAAUGUGGCGGUGUGUAUGACGUCAGUUUCAGGUCAUCUGUUGGGUCUGGAGUUCAAGGCUCAGUUCCAGAAAUGGCACAGCUGUAAUCCUGUCCUGCUGUUUGAUGCUGAGGUGGAGAAGUAUUGUCCUGAGAACUUUGUUCAGAUCAAGCGGACCCUAGAGAGAGAGGUGAGUCAGUGCCAGGCGCUUGUCAUCUGGACAGAUUGUGACAGAGGAGAGAACAUCGGCUUUGAGGUGAUAGACGUCUGCAAAGCAGUCAAGCCCGGUGUGCAGGUGUUUCGUGCUCGGUUCUCUGAGAUCACUCCCAACUCUAUCAGGAGAGCAUGUGACACGUUAACGGAACCAGACGGUAACGUCAGUGAUGCUGUGGACGUCCGUCAGGAGCUGGACUCUCCGGAUAGUCAGUUCAAACCAUCCAGGCAGUUCAUACAGCAUAUCUACAAGAUUCAGCUAGUCCUCCAUGAGGUAGAGGAGGAAUCAGUAGAGUUCAGCUGGAAGAGGAACAGACUGUUCAACCACACAGCCUGUCUAGUCAUCUACCAGAUCUGUCUGGAGGAUCCCAUAGCAACCGUCACCUCGGUAACCAGUAAACCCAAAAGCAAGUGGAGGCCUCUGCCCCUGGACACAGUGGAAAUGGAGAAGCUGGUUUCCAGGAAGUUGAGAAUCGGCGCCAAAGAGACCAUGAAGAUCGCUGAGAAACUAUACACACAGGGGUUCAUCAGUUAUCCGCGUACAGAGACCAACCUGUUCCCUAAGGACCUGGCCCUGGGCCCCCUGGUGGAGCAUCAGACACACAGCCCCUCCUGGGGGGCCUUCGCUAGGGGGGUGAUGGAGCAGCCAGGGGGACCCAACCCACGGCAGGGCACCAAGACAGAUCAGGCUCAUCCCCCUAUACACCCCAUCAAGUACACCAACACACUACAGGGCAACGAGCAGCGUGUGUAUGAGUUCAUUGUGCGUCACUUCCUGGCGUGCGUAUCCCUUGAUGCUGUGGGGCAGGAAACGGUGGUCGAGGUGGAAAUGGCUCACGAGAGGUUCUCCGCAAACGGCCUCAUGAUCAUCAGGAGGAACUACCUGGACGUGUACCCCUACGACCGCUGGAGCACUAAGGUGAUCCCAGUGUAUGAGCAGGGUAGCCAGUUCCAGCCAUCAGCGAUAGAGAUGCUGGAUGGCCAGACCUCUCCUCCUCAACUCCUCACGGAGGCAGACCUCAUAUCACUGAUGGAGAAACAUGGCAUUGGUACGGAUGCCACCCAUGCAGAUCACAUUGAGACCAUAAAGAGCCGUAUGUACGUGGGACUAACAGCUGAUCAGAGGUUUCUACCAGGAGAACUGGGGAUGGGACUGGUGGAGGGUUAUAACUCCAUGGGGUAUGAGAUGUCUAAGCCACACCUGCGGGCGGAGCUGGAGGCGGACCUGAAGCUGGUAUCGGAGGGGAGGAAGGACAAACAGAGCGUGUUGAGACACCACAUUCACAAAUACAAGACGGUCUUCGUAGAGUCUGUUAAGAAAGCCAAGAGGUUGGACGAGGCUCUGUCUAUCUAUCUGGGCGCGGCCCAGGAGUUCAGCGAAUCAGAGCAGCAGGAUAUGGAAAUGCCCCUCCCAGUCAGGAAAUGUCCUCAGUGUGGGCGGGACAUGGUGCUGCGGAGGAGGAAGGAGGGGAACGGGAAGUACCUGUCCUGCGUUGGUUACCCAGAAUGCAAGUGUUCCGUGUGGUUUCCGGACACGGUGUUAGAGGUCAACAGAGACGAGUCUGUCUGUCCCACCUGUCAGCCCCGCCCCGUUCACAUGUUAAAGUUGAAGUUCCGACGAGGCAGCCUCCCUCCCAUGAUGCCGCUGGAGUUUGUGGGCUGCAUCGGAGGGUGUGACGAGACACUGAGGGAGGUACUCAACCUCAAAUACCUCAGAAUGGGUGGAGGGGGCGUGGCGGGAGGAGUAGGAGGAAGAGGGGGAGCUGGGGGAGGAAGAGGAGUAGGAGCAGCUGGGGGAGGAAGAGGAGGAGCUGGGGGAGGAAGAGGAGUAGGAGGAAGAGGGGGAGCUGGGGGAGGAAGAGGAGUAGGAGCAGCUGGGGGAGGAAGAGGAGGAGAAGGAAGGGGAGACACUGCAACCAAUCAGCCGAGACCUCGCCCAGCCCCCAGACCGGACCCCCUGUCUCCCCAAACCCCCAACCCCCCCUCCUCGUCCUGGCCCACCCCACCCUCGCCUUGACCCCAGGCCCCACCCCCUGACCCCAGAGGUGGUGACGUCACAGUGUGUAACUGUGGGUCGGAGGCGGUCCUCCUCACCGUGAGGAAAGACGGUCCUAACCAGGGCAGACGGUUCUAUAAGUGUUCCUCAGGAGGCUGUAACUUCUUCCUGUGGAACGACCAGCCCGACACUAACGUUUACCCUCCAGGCCCCCAGGGGGCGCCACGCAGCAGGCCACACCAGCCCCCCAGGACCUCCGUGGGGGAGGUGGUUUGUAACUGCAGUGAGCCAGCGGUUCAGAAGACAGUGCAGAAGGAAGGACCUAAUAGAGGAAGAGUGUUCCAUACCUGUGGGAAGCCCAGAGAUCAACAGUGUGGAUUCUUCCUCUGGGCUGACGAGAACAUCCCACCACCAGGUUCAGGUUCUGGAGGGGGAGACUGGGGGAAGAGGGGAGGAGACUGGGGAGGAAGAGCCCCCCCCACCACCAAACCCCCCGCUACCAGGAAGCCCCGUACCUGUGGCAUCUGUCACAUGCCUGGACACACACGUGUCACCUGCCCUCAGCGCUGACCUUUAACCCCUGAUCCCACUGCUGCCAUAGAGAUGCUCUGACCCCCGUGUGACCUUGUCCCCGACCUCUGAACUCCGAUGUGAUCAGGAAGCUCAGCGGUUGAUGUUUUUGAUACAAACACAGAGCUACUAGAAUCAGUUUACCUUCAACUCGCCCCUUAACCCUAAACAUCCCAGACGGACCAGAGGUCAGCUUCUAGAGGUGUUAAACCAGGGUUCAUUUGGGACAGGAGUGGAGUGGGACUGGGUUCAUUCUGCCUGCCUCUAGAGGUGUUAAACCAGGGUUCAUUCUGUCUCACCUCUGACAGAGAAACUGCAUUUAUAUGACAUGGAGAAUAGAUCAAUAUUUUACAGAGAAAUAAAAGAAUGGAUUUGAUUGGUAAUUUGUCCCCAAUAUGUAACAUUGGCGUAAAGAAUAGGAUUGUAAAUCCAAGUACCAGCUGGGAGGAGACAGACUGGAGAAAGGGAGAUUAAUACUGGUAUUUUUGAAUGUUUAUAUAAAAUCACUGAUC